GUUAAUAUUAUUAUCAAUUUGUCUGUCCGCUUAUCUAUAAUGAACUCUUUUCAUUGUAUAGGUUAGCAUUAAUGAGCCAUUUAGUGUUAUUAACUCUAGGAUCUCGAGGUGAUUUACAACCUUUGGUUGCAUUAGCCAUUGAAUACAAGAAAAAAAUUUCGCAACAUCGAUUAACUAUUGUAGCGCCUAUAGAGCUACAUUAUGUCUAUCAACAUUUAUAUGACCUGCAUAAUAUUCAUUCUUAUUCCAUAUUACAACAAGCUAAAUCAAAUAAAGAAAGAAUCGUUGAAAGAAAGCAACUAUGGGAAGCAUGUCAAAUAUUAAAACCUACAAAAUUAGUUUAUACGACUUUUGUCCUUGAAGGUUGGUCAAUAGCAGAAAAGCUUAAGAUACCCUCGGUUGUAGUUUCAUUUUUUUCACUUGAUCUAUACCCAAUACCUGACGAGUUUGAAGCAGAGAUAAUCAAGAGUUUUCCCAAAUUAUAUGAUAGUCAAUUAAGAUCUAUAUGGUAUCCCCAUAUCCAUCAUUGGAUGUGGAGAUUAUUCUUGGAAGAUAUGGGUGAUUUUAGAGAAUUUAUAUUAAAUUUAGAUCCAAUUCCUACUUGCUUUGAUAACAUACCGCCCUUUAUAUAUGCAAUAGAUCCAGAUCUAUUUUAUGGGAAUAGAGAAGGAGCGACUAUGGGUGGCUUUUGGUCUUUAAUGACAAAAGAAAAAGAAAUCAAUUCUAAUGACAAUCGUAGUCAACAAAAGCCUAUUUUACUCAUUCAUUUCGGUUCAAUGGACACACUAUCCCCGAUAUUAUGUAAUAUAGAUCAAUGUAGUAUCUUCCUUGACGAAAUACAACAAAGAAUAUUAGAGAUACUUGCUUAUAAUAAUAAUCUGUUUGAUAUUAUUUGGAUUAUUUCCAGUCAGGAUACAAUUUUAUAUAAAUUAGUUAAAGCAAAAUUCACUACAGGUUAUAAUAGUAGGUUACGUAUAAUAAGCCCUGCUAUUGAUCAUGCUGCAUUUAUCCAGAGUCAUAAUGUAUUUGGUAUAAUACAUCAUGGAGGCAUGAAUACUUGCUUUACUAUGAUUCAAUUAGGAAUACCACAAGCUAUAAUACCUUUCAUGUUUGAUCAGCAUGCAUGGGCUAGAAAACUUACGUCAAUUGGCUUAUCAAAAUCUAUUUCUGUAAAUCAUUCAUGGGUCAUAGUUAUUGAUUGGAUGCUGUUAUCACUUAAUAACCAUAUACAACACCAUUGGCAAAACAAAGUGAUUCAAAAUACGGAAAAGGGUUUUCAUGAUACCAUUAAAAUCUUAUCUAAUCUCAGUUGAAAAUACGUAUAAAAAUCUAAUCAUCCUUUUCUUCCUCCU